CAUUGCGGGUAGCCCCGGCGGUGGCAGCGGUGGUGGCGGCUGCAGCGGCGGCACCGCCUACUCCUCACACUCCCGAGGUGGCGGGGUUAGAUGAGCGGCCCUAGUAGCGGCGAGGGCGGUGCGGGGGGGAGGAGGAAGAGGAGGAGAAGGAGGAGAAGGUCUCUGUCUUUGUAGUCUCCCUGCUGCGGGAGCGAGAGGCCACCGCCGGAGCCGUCGUCGUUGGAAAAGGGCUGUGUGUGUGCGCGCGCGUGUCUGCCGGCCCGGCCCGCGGGGACGAGGUAUCGGUGGCGAGGAUGAUGAUGUGCGCAGCGACUGCCUCCCCCGCCGCCGCCUCCUCGGGGCCCGGCGGAGACGGAUUCUUCCCAGCCGCCACCAUCUCUUCCUCCCCGGCGCCGGGGGCGCUGUUCAUACCGGUUCCCGAGGGCUCCGUGGCUGCUGCGGGGCUGGGGCUGGGGCUGGGGCUGCCGGCCGCGGACUCCCGGGGUCACUACCAGCUGCUGCUGUCAGGCCGGGCCCUGGCCGACCGCUACCGGAGGAUUUACACGGCUGCGCUCAGUGACAGGGACCAGGGGGGCAGCAGCGCUGGACACUCGGCCUCCAGGAAUAAGAAAAUUUUAAAUAAGAAGAAAUUGAAAAGAAAACAGAAGAGCAAAUCAAAAGUGAAGACAAGAAGCAAGUCUGAAAACUUGGAGAAUACAGUAAUCAUACCAGAUAUCAAACUACAUAGCAAUCCUUCUGCAUUCAAUAUUUAUUGCAAUGUACGCCAUUGUGUUCUGGAGUGGCAGAAAAAGGAAACAUCAGUGGCAGCUGCAUCUAAGAACUCUGUGCAGAGUGGAGAAUCAGAUAGUGACGAAGAGGAAGAAUCCAAAGAGCCCCCUAUCAAGCUUCCAAAGAUCAUUGAAGUUGGACUUUGUGAAGUUUUUGAAUUGAUCAAGGAGACGCGAUUUUCUCAUCCAUCACUGUGCCUCAGGAGUCUCCAAGCCCUGCUUAACGUGCUUCAGGGUCAGCAGCCAGAAGGCCUCCAGUCAGAGCCACCUGAGGUCCUAGAGUCUCUCUUCCAGCUGCUUUUGGAAAUCACUGUUCGAAGUACUGGAAUGAAUGACAGCACGGGACAGUCUCUGACAGCACUUUCCUGUGCUUGCCUCUUUAGUCUGGUGGCUUCCUGGGGAGAAACAGGAAGGACACUUCAGGCCAUCUCUGCUAUCCUCACCAACAAUGGCAGCCAUGCUUGCCAAACUAUUCAGGUGCCAACGAUUCUAAAUUCACUACAGAGAAGUGUACAGGCCGUGUUGGUGGGAAAAAUUCAAAUUCAGGACUGGUUUAGCAAUGGCAUUAAGAAAGCAGCUUUAAUGCACAAGUGGCCAUUAAAAGAAAUAUCUGUUGAUGAAGAUGAUCAGUGUCUACUUCAGAAUGAUGGAUUUUUUCUUUACCUGUUAUGCAAAGAUGGAUUAUAUAAAAUAGGCUCUGGAUACAGUGGAACAGUUAGGGGCCAUAUAUAUAAUUCUACAUCUCGCAUCAGAAACAGAAAAGAAAAAAAGUCUUGGUUAGGGUAUGCUCAGGGUUACUUAUUGUAUAGAGAUGUGAAUAACCACAGCAUGACAGCCAUAAGAAUAAGCCCUGAAACACUGGAACAAGAUGGUACUGUAAUGUUACCAGAUUGCCACAGUGAAGGUCAAAAUAUUUUAUUCACUGAUGGAGAAUAUAUUAAUCAGAUAGCUGCUUCGAGAGAUGAUGGCUUUGUUGUCAGAAUAUUUGCCACAAGCACUGAACCUGUGCUACAACAAGAAUUACAACUUAAACUGGCCAGAAAAUGCUUACAUGCCUGUGGCAUCUCACUAUUUGAUUUGGAAAAGGACUUGCAUAUUAUAAGUACAGGAUUUGAUGAGGAGUCAGCAAUUCUUGGUGCAGGACGAGAGUUUGCACUAAUGAAAACUGCAAAUGGAAAGAUAUAUUAUACUGGCAAAUAUCAGAGUCUUGGAAUCAAACAGGCAGGAAAAUGGGUUGAGCUACCAAUUACAAAAUCUCCAAAGAUCAUACAUUUCUCAGUUGGACACGAUGGCUCUCAUGCCCUUUUAGUUGCAGAAGAUGGAAGUAUAUUCUUUACUGGAUCUGCAAGUAAAGGAGAAGAUGGAGAGUCAACUAAGAGCAGACGACAGUCAAAGCCCUAUAAACCUAAAAAGAUAAUUAAGAUGGAAGGAAAGAUCGUCGUGUAUACAGCCUGCAAUAAUGGAAGUAGUUCUGUUAUUUCUAAAGAUGGAGAGCUAUACAUGUUUGGAAAAGAUGCCAUUUACUCUGAUAGCUCAAGCUUGGUAACAGACUUGAAGGGCCAUUUUGUAACUCAGGUGGCUAUGGGCAAAGCUCACACUUGUGUUUUAAUGAAGAAUGGAGAAGUUUGGACAUUUGGUGUCAAUAAUAAAGGACAGUGUGGGCGAGACACGGGUGCCAUGAACCAGGGCGGGAAAGGAUUUGGAGUUGAAAAUAUGGCCACAGCAAUGGAUGAAGACCUGGAAGAAGAACUAGAUGAAAAAGAUGAGAAGUCCAUGAUGUGUCCUCCAGGCAUGCAUAAAUGGAAGCUAGAGCAGUGCAUGGUGUGCACUGUCUGUGGAGACUGUACGGGUUAUGGAGCCAGCUGCGUCAGUAGUGGGCGUCCAGACAGAGUUCCUGGAGGGAUCUGUGGUUGUGGUUCUGGAGAAUCCGGCUGUGCUGUGUGUGGAUGUUGCAAGGCUUGUGCAAGAGAGUUGGAUGGCCAAGAGGCAAGACAAAGAGGAAUUCUUGAUGCGGUGAAAGAGAUGAUACCUUUAGAUCUUCUGUUAGCUGUCCCAGUACCUGGGGUUAACAUUGAAGAACACCUUCAGUUACGACAAGAAGAGAAACGGCAGCGAGUAAUCAGGCGACACAGAUUAGAAGAAGGAAGAGGCCCCCUUGUAUUUGCUGGUCCUAUUUUUAUGAACCAUCGAGAACAGGCUCUAGCCAGACUCAGAUCCCAUCCAGCACAGCUAAAGCAUAAACGGGACAAGCACAAAGAUGGAAGUGGAGAACGAGGAGAAAAGGAUGCCAGCAAAAUCACAACAUAUCCGCCAGGCUCUGUGCGAUUUGACUGUGAACUCCGGGCAGUACAAGUCAGCUGUGGAUUUCACCAUUCAGUGGUUUUAAUGGAAAAUGGAGAUGUCUAUACAUUUGGAUAUGGCCAACAUGGGCAGCUGGGACAUGGCGAUGUCAAUUCCAGGGGAUGUCCCACUCUUGUUCAAGCAUUGCCAGGCCCUAGCACUCAAGUUACUGCAGGCAGCAAUCAUACGGCAGUACUGUUAAUGGAUGGACAGGUCUUCACAUUUGGAAGUUUUUCUAAAGGACAGCUGGGCAGGCCAAUUCUGGAUGUGCCAUAUUGGAAUGCAAAACCAGCUCCCAUGCCUAACAUUGGAUCAAAAUAUGGAAGAAAAGCUACCUGGAUAGGUGCAAGUGGCGACCAGACUUUCUUACGAAUUGAUGAAGCACUUAUUAAUUCUCAUGUGCUUGCUACAUCAGAAAUUUUUGCCAGUAAACACAUAAUAGGCUUGGUACCCGCAUCUAUAUCAGAACCUCCUCCAUUUAAAUGUCUUCUGAUAAAUAAAGUGGACGGGAGUUGUAAAACUUUUAAUGACUCUGAACAGGAAGAUCUGCAAGGAUUUGGUGUGUGUCUGGAUCCUGUGUAUGAUGUCAUUUGGAGGUUUCGACCAAAUACUAGAGAACUGUGGUGUUACAAUGCAGUGGUUGCUGAUGCCAGACUUCCUUCUGCAACAGACAUGCAGUCCAGAUGCAGUAUUCUAAGUCCCGAACUUGCAUUACCGACGGGAUCAAGGGCUCUCACCACCCGAUCUCAUGCAGCUUUGCACAUCCUAGGUUGUCUUGAUACCUUGGCAACUAUGCAAGAUUUGAAAAUGGGUGUUGCAAGUACAGAGGAAGAGACUCAAGCCGUAAUGAAGGUUUAUUCCAAAGAAGAUUAUAGUGUAGUGAACAGGUUUGAAAGUCAUGGAGGGGGCUGGGGUUACUCUGCUCAUUCAGUAGAAGCUAUACGUUUUAGUGCUGACACUGAUAUUUUACUUGGUGGUCUUGGACUGUUUGGAGGUAGAGGAGAAUAUACUGCUAAAAUUAAGCUGUUUGAGUUGGGUCCUGAUGGAGGAGAUCAUGAAACUGAUGGAGACCUUCUUGCAGAGACUGAUGUGUUGGCUUAUGACUGUGCUGCUAGAGAAAAAUAUGCAAUGAUGUUUGAUGAGCCAGUUCUCCUGCAAGCUGGAUGGUGGUAUGUAGCAUGGGCUCGAGUGUCAGGACCCAGCAGUGACUGUGGAUCUCAUGGACAAGCUUCUAUUACCACAGAUGAUGGGGUUGUUUUCCAAUUUAAGAGUUCAAAGAAAUCAAAUAAUGGUACAGAUGUUAACGCUGGUCAGAUACCUCAAUUAUUAUACAGACUUCCAACCAGCGAUGGCAGUGCUUCAAAAGGCAAACAGCAAACCAGCGAACCUGUGCACAUUUUAAAGAGAUCUUUUGCAAGAACUGUCUCAGUGGAAUGUUUUGAGUCUUUGUUGAGUAUUCUUCACUGGAGCUGGACCACCUUAGUCUUAGGAGUCGAAGAACUUAGAGGAUUAAAAGGGUUCCAGUUCACAGCCACGCUUCUGGAUUUGGAGAGACUGCGCUUUGUAGGCACCUGCUGUCUGAGGUUAUUGCGUGUCUAUACCUGUGAAAUUUACCCAGUGUCAGCUGCAGGAAAAGCAGUUGUAGAAGAAACUAGCAGAUUAGCAGAAUGUAUUGGAAAAACUAGAACUUUGUUAAGAAAAAUUUUAUCAGAAGGAGUGGAUCACUGCAUGGUGAAGUUGGAUAAUGAUCCUCAAGGAUAUCUCAGUCAACCCCUGAGUCUCCUAGAAGCUGUCCUUCAGGAGUGCCAUAAUACCUUUACUGCCUGUUUUCAUUCUUUCUACCCAACCCCCGCAUUACAGUGGGCUUGCCUUUGUGAUCUGUUGAAUUGUUUGGAUCAGGAUAUCCAAGAAGCAAACUUCAAGACGUCAAGUAGUCGACUGCUUGCUGCUGUUAUGUCAGCUCUGUGUCACACUUCUGUUAAGCUGACUUCGAUCUUCCCUAUUGCAUAUGAUGGAGAAGUACUACUACGAUCAAUUGUUAAACAAGUUAGCACAGAGAAUGACUCAACACUAGUUCACCGUUUUCCCCUUUUGGUAGCACAUAUGGAAAAACUCAGCCAGAGUGAAGAGAAUAUCUCAGGGAUGACAAGCUUCCGUGAAGUUCUGGAGAAAAUGCUGGUCAUCGUUGUGCUCCCAGUCAGGAACAGCCUGAGGAGGGAAAAUGAGCUCUUCUCCUCCCACCUGGUCUCCAAUACCUGUGGGUUACUGGCCAGUAUUGUCAGUGAACUGACAGCGUCAGCCCUGGGAUCUGAGAUUGAUGGACUUAAUUCUCUCCACUCUGUUAAAGCCAGCGCUAACCGAUUCACAAAAACAAGUCAGGGAAGAAGUUGGAACACUGGUAAUGGGUCCCCUGAUGCAAUUUGUUUUUCAGUGGACAAACCUGGAAUAGUUGUGGUUGGUUUUUCUGUCUAUGGAGGAGGUGGAAUUCAUGAAUAUGAAUUAGAGGUGUUGGUUGAUGAUAGUGAACAUGCAGGAGAUUCAACCCAUUCUCAUAGGUGGACUUCUCUAGAAUUAGUCAAAGGAACCUACACAACGGAUGAUUCACCCAGUGAUAUAGCUGAAAUCAGACUUGACAAAGUUGUUCCUUUAAAGGAAAAUGUUAAAUAUGCUGUGCGCUUGAGAAACUAUGGAAGCCGUACAGCCAAUGGAGAUGGAGGAAUGACCACAGUUCAGUGCCCUGACGGCGUGACGUUUACAUUCAGCACGUGCAGUUUGAGUAGUAAUGGCACAAACCAAACCAGAGGACAGAUUCCACAGAUACUCUACUAUAGGAGUGAAUUUGAUGGAGAUUUACAGUCCCAACUUCUGAGUAAAGCCAAUGAGGAAGAUAAAAACUGUAGCAGAGCUCUCUCUGUGGUAAGCACCGUUGUUCGAGCUGCAAAAGACCUCUUGCACAGAGCUCUAGCUGUGGAUGCUGAUGACAUUCCAGAACUGCUUAGCUCUUCCAGUCUGUUUUCCAUGCUGCUUCCCCUUAUUAUAGCCUACAUAGGACCAGUAGCUGCUGCUAUUCCCAAGGUGGCUGUAGAAGUCUUUGGUCUUGUUCAACAGUUGCUUCCCUCAGUUGCCAUUUUGAAUCAGAAGUAUGCGCCCCCUGCAUUCAAUCCUAAUCAGUCAACAGAUAGCACCACAGGAAACCAGCCUGAGCAAGGCCUCUCUGCUUGUACAACCUCUAAUCAUUAUGCUGUCAUAGAGAGUGAGCACCCCUAUAAACCUGCAUGUGUGAUGCACUACAAGGUAACAUUUCCAGAAUGUGUACGGUGGAUGACAAUCGAGUUUGACCCUCAGUGUGGUACUGCACAGUCAGAAGAUGUCCUUCGUUUGUUGAUUCCUGUCAGAACUCUUCAAAAUUCAGGAUAUGGACCAAAAUUGACAUCUAUUCAUGAAAAUCUUAAUUCCUGGAUAGAAUUAAAGAAAUUUUCUGGAUCUUCUGGUUGGCCUACUAUGGUUUUAGUGUUACCAGGAAAUGAGGCCCUUUUCUCAUUGGAAACUGCAUCAGAUUAUGUGAAAGAUGACAAAGCUUCUUUCUAUGGUUUCAAAUGCUUUGCAAUUGGAUAUGAGUUUAGCCCUGGACCUGAUGAGGGAGUCAUUCAUUUGGAAAAAGAAUUAGCCAAUCUUGGUGGGGUUUGUGCAGCAGCUUUGAUGAAAAAGGACCUAGCACUUCCUAUUGGUAAUGAAUUAGAGGAAGAUCUUGAAAUUCUUGAAGAGGCUGCAUUACAGGUGUGCAAAACCCAUUCUGGUAUUCUUGGAAAGGGUUUAGCUCUUUCUCAUUCACCAACUAUAUUAGAGGCACUGGAAGGAAACUUACCACUUCAAAUCCAAAGCAAUGAACAGUCCUUCCUGGAUGAUUUUAUUGCUUGUGUUCCAGGAUCAAGUGGUGGAAGGCUUGCAAGGUGGCUUCAGCCAGAUUCCUAUGCUGAUCCUCAGAAAACAUCUUUGAUCCUGAACAAGGAUGAUAUUCGUUGUGGUUGGCCUACCACCAUAACAGUUCAAACAAAAGACCAGUAUGGAGAUGUGGUACACGUUCCCAAUAUGAAGGUGGAAGUGAAAGCCGUUCCUGUUUCUCAGAAAAAAACGUCUUUACAACAAGAGCAAGUAAAGAAACCUCAAAGGAUUCCUGGCAGUCCUGCGGUGACGGCUGUAUCUUCUAAUACUGACAUGACUUUUGGUGGGCUGGCAUCACCAAAGCUGGACGUUUCAUAUGAACCCAUGAUCGUGAAGGAGGCUCGUUAUAUUGCCAUAACAAUGAUGAAGGUUUAUGAAAAUUACUCGUUUGAAGAACUGCGUUUUGCAUCACCAACUCCUAAGAGACCCAGUGAGAAUAUGCUGAUCCGUGUCAAUAACGAUGGCACUUAUUGUGCAAACUGGACUCCAGGAGCUAUUGGACUCUACACUAUUCAUGUUACCAUUGAUGGCAUUGAAAUAGAUGCUGGCCUAGAAGUAAAGGUAAAAGACCCACCAAAAGGGAUGAUACCACCGGGGACUCAACUGGUCAAACCAAAGACUGAACCUCAACCAAAUAAGGUUCGAAAAUUUGUGGCCAAGGACAGUGCAGGGCUCCGUAUCCGUAGCCACCCUUCCCUGCAGAGUGAGCAGAUAGGCAUAGUGAAAGUUAAUGGAACUAUCACUUUUAUUGAUGAGAUCCACAAUGAUGAUGGUGUAUGGCUGAGACUGAAUGAUGAGACCAUAAAGAAGUACGUUCCUAACAUGAAUGGUUACACUGAAGCCUGGUGCCUGUCUUUUAAUCAACAUCUUGGCAAGAGUCUCCUGGUCCCUGUUGACGAACCUAAAACUAAUACUGAUGACUUUUUCAAAGAAAUAAACUCCUGCUGCCCACAGGAAGCAACAAUGCAAGAACAAGACAUGCCGUUCAUGCGAGGAGGGCCAGGCAUGUACAAGGUAGUAAAGACGGGACCUUCCGGCCACAACAUCAGAAGCUGCCCUAACCUUAGAGGUAUCCCAAUUGGAAUGUUAGUUCUGGGAAACAAAGUCAAAGCAGUGGGAGAGGUAACCAAUUCUGAAGGUACAUGGGUGCAGCUGGAUAAGAACAGCAUGGUAGAGUUCUGUGAGAGUGAUGAAGGAGAGGCAUGGUCCUUAGCUAGAGACAGAGGCGGAAACCAGUACCUCCGACAUGAAGAUGAACAAGUUCUUCUGGAUCAAAAUUCUCAAACUCCUCCUCCAAGCCCUUUCUCAGUACAAACUUUUAACAAAGGGGCAAGUUGCAGUGCCCAAGGAUUUGAUUAUGGACUCGGAAAUAAUAAAGGUGACCGAGGAAUUGUCUCAACGUCUUCUAGACCAGUUUCUACAUCAGGAAAAUCAGAACUGUCCUCCAAACACAGCAGAUCACUUAAACCUGAUGGACGUAUGAGCCGGACUACAGCUGAUCAGAAGAAGCUAAGGGGGACGGAGGGUUUAUCCGCUAGUGAAUCCCUCAUGUUGAAAUCUGAUGCUGCAAAGCUGAGGUCAGAUUCUCAUAGUAGGUCACUGUCGCCCAACCAUAACACCUUGCAGACCCUGAAAUCUGACGGGAGGAUGUCUUCUAGCUUCAGAGCUGAAUCCCCAGGACCAGGUUCUCGGUCAUCUUCUCCUAAGCCAAAGACUCUCCCAACCAACAGGUCUAGCCCAUCUGGUGCUAGUUCUCCACGCUCCUCCUCACCACAUGAUAAAAAUCUACCUCAGAAAAGCACUGCUCCUGUUAAGACAAAACUUGAUCCUCCUCGAGAACGUUCCAAAUCAGAUUCUUAUACACUCGAUCCAGAUACCCUCCGCAAGAAGAAAAUGCCCCUCACAGAACCGUUAAGGGGACGAUCAACAUCACCGAAACCAAAACCAGUACCAAAGGAUUCAAAAGAGUCCCCUGGAUCUGAAAAUAGGGCUCCUUCUCCCCAUGUGGUGCAGGAAAACCUGCACAGUGAGGUGGUAGAAGUCUGCACCUCAAGUACUUUAAAAACAAACAGUCUAACAGAUGGCGCCUGUGACGACAGCAGUGAAUUUAAGAGCGUGGAUGAGGGUUCCAAUAAAGUCCAUUUCAGCAUAGGAAAAGCCCCACUGAAAGAUGAACAGGACAUAAGAGCAUCCCCCAAAAUAAGUCGAAAAUGUGCUAACAGGCACACCAGGCCCAAAAAGGAAAAAUCUAGCUUUCUCUUCAAAGGAGAUGGAUCCAAACCUGUUGAGCCAGCCAAGCAAGCCAUGUCCCCUUCCGUGGCUGAGUGUGCCAGAGCGGUCUUUGCCUCUUUCCUGUGGCACGAAGGCAUAGUACACGAUGCAAUGGCUUGUUCUUCUUUCUUAAAAUUUAAUCCUGAACUUUCUAAAGAACAUGCUCCUAUAAGAAGUAGUUUAAACAGUCAACAACCUACGGAAGAAAAGGAAACCAAAUUAAAAAAUAGACACUCACUGGAAAUAUCAUCUGCACUGAAUAUGUUUAAUAUCGCACCUCAUGGACCAGAUAUAUCCAAAAUGGGUAGUAUCAACAAAAAUAAGGUGUUGUCUAUGCUUAAGGAGCCACCUCUGCAUGAAAAAUGUGAGGAUGGGAAAACCGAAGCCACUUUUGAAAUGUCCAUGCAUCACCCAAUGAAAUCUAAAUCUCCUCUUCCCUUAACUUUACAACACUUAGUGGCUUUUUGGGAAGACAUCUCUUUGGCUACUAUCAAAGCGGCUUCCCAGAAUAUGAUUUUCCCAAGUCCUGGUUCUUGUGCAGUCCUUAAAAAGAAAGAGCGUGAAAAAGAAAAGAAGUCCAAAAAAGAGAAAAAGAAAAAAGAAAAGGCAGAAGUUCGGCCCAGGGGUAAUUUAUUUGGUGAGAUGGCCCAGCUGGCAGUAGGAGGACCAGAGAAAGAUACCAUCUGUGAGCUGUGUGGAGAGUCACAUCCAUACCCAGUGACAUAUCACAUGAGGCAAGCUCACCCAGGUUGUGGCCGGUAUGCUGGUGGACAAGGUUACAAUAGCAUUGGGCAUUUUUGUGGAGGAUGGGCUGGAAACUGUGGUGACGGUGGCAUAGGAGGAAGCACCUGGUACCUGGUAUGUGAUCGCUGUAGAGAAAAAUACCUCCGUGAAAAACAGGCUGCCGCGAGGGAAAAGGUCAAACAAUCUAGGAGGAAGCCGAUGCAAGUCAAGACUCCUCGUGCCUUGCCCACUAUGGAAGCUCACCAGGUGAUUAAAGCAAAUGCCCUCUUCCUGCUGUCUCUGAGCAGCGCGGCGGAACCGAGCAUUCUGUGUUACCAUCCUGCAAAGCCAUUCCAGUCACAGCUUCCCAGCGUGAAAGAGGGCAUCUCUGAGGAUCUUCCCGUUAAAAUGCCCUGUCUCUACCUGCAGACAUUAGCUAGGCAUCAUCAUGAAAAUUUUGUAGGCUAUCAAGAUGACAACCUAUUCCAGGAUGAAAUGAGAUAUCUACGUUCAACAUCUGUACCUGCCCCAUACAUAUCAGUGACUCCUGAUGCAAGUCCUAAUGUAUUUGAAGAGCCAGAGAGCAAUAUGAAGUCUAUGCCACCAAGUUUGGAAACUAGUCCCAUAACUGACACUGAUCUCGCAAAGAGAACUGUCUUCCAAAGAUCAUACUCAGUUGUCGCUUCUGAGUAUGAUAAGCAGCACUCCAUUUUACCAGCACGAGUUAAAGCCAUUCCUAGAAGAAGAGUUAACAGUGGAGACACUGAAGUUGGUUCUUCCCUCCUGAGACAUCCAUCUCCUGAGCUUUCCCGGCUAAUCUCAGCCCACAGCUCUCUUUCCAAAGGAGAACGAAAUUUCCAGUGGCCAGUUUUAGCUUUUGUUAUACAGCAUCAUGAUCUAGAAGGUCUUGAAAUAGCAAUGAAACAGGCCUUAAGGAAAUCUGCUUGUCGAGUUUUUGCUAUGGAGGCUUUCAACUGGCUUUUAUGUAAUGUCAUCCAAACAACUUCUCUCCAUGAUAUUCUGUGGCAUUUUGUGGCAUCAUUGACUCCCGCUCCAGUGGAACCAGAAGAAGAAGAAGAUGAGGAAAAUAAAACAAAUAAAGAAAGUGCAGAACAAGAGAAAGAUACAAGAGUAUGUGAACAUCCACUCUCAGACAUAGUGAUCGCAGGUGAAGCUGCUCAUCCUUUACCACAUACAUUUCACCGCCUGCUUCAAACUAUUUCCGAUCUCAUGAUGUCUCUCCCCAGUGGCAGUUCAUUACAGCAAAUGGCCCUAAGAUGCUGGAGUCUGAAAUUCAAGCAGUCUGAUCACCAGUUCCUCCAUCAGAGCAACGUGUUUCAUCACAUUAACAAUAUUCUGUCAAAAUCAGAUGAUGGCGAUAGUGAAGAGAGUUUUAGCAUCAGUAUACAGUCUGGCUUUGAAGCUAUGAAUCAGGAAUUAUGCAUAGUAAUGUGCUUAAAGGACUUAACCAGCAUUGUUGACAUAAAAACUUCAAGCCGACCUGCCAUGAUUGGAAGUUUGACAGACGGUUCCACAGAAACCUUUUGGGAAUCAGGAGAUGAAGAUAAAAACAAAACUAAGAACAUCACCAUCAACUGUGUAAAAGGAAUCAACGCCCGCUACGUAUCUGUUCAUGUAGACAAUUCCCGAGAUCUUGGGAAUAAAGUUACCUCGAUGACCUUCUUAACUGGCAAAGCAGUAGAAGAUUUGUGCAGAAUAAAGCAGGUUGAUCUGGAUUCCAGGCACAUUGGUUGGGUAACAAGUGAACUUCCAGGAGGGGAUAAUCACAUCAUCAAAAUUGAAUUAAAGGGCCCAGAAAAUACACUGAGAGUUCGACAAGUCAAGGUCUUGGGCUGGAAAGAUGGCGAAAGCACAAAAAUUGCUGGCCAGAUUUCAGCCAGUGUGGCCCAGCAGAGGAACUGUGAAGCUGAGACUCUGCGAGUAUUCAGACUUAUUACAUCUCAAGUAUUUGGAAAGCUCAUUUCUGGAGAUGCUGAACCUACACCAGAACAAGAGGAAAAAGCACUAUUGUCAUCACCUGAAGGAGAGGAAAAAGUAUACAAUGCAACAUCAGAUGCUGACCUGAAAGAACAUAUGGUUGGAAUCAUAUCCAGCAGGAGUAAAUUAAAUAACUUACAAAAACAGGUAUGUGCUCACAUAGUCCAGGCUAUUCGCAUGGAAGCCACCAGAGUUCGUGAAGAAUGGGAACAUGCCAUCUCAAGCAAAGAAAAUGCCAAUUCUCAGCCCAAUGAUGAAGAUGCCUCCUCUGACGCUUACUGCUUUGAGUUGCUCUCUAUGGUUCUAGCGUUGAGUGGCUCUAACGUGGGCCGGCAGUACCUGGCUCAGCAGCUAACUCUGCUCCAAGAUCUCUUCUCACUGCUCCACACAGCGUCACCUCGAGUCCAGAGACAGGUAACCUCUUUACUAAGACGAGUUUUGCCUGAAGUAACCCCUAACCGUCUGGCCAGCAUCAUAGGAGUGAAAUCCCUCCCUCCAGCAGAUAUCAGUGAUAUCAUUCAUUCAACAGAGAAAGGAGAUUGGAAUAAGCUAGGUAUCUUGGACAUGUUUCUAGGAUGCAUUGCCAAAGCACUCACAGUACAGCUAAAAGCCAAAGGAACCACCAUCACAGGAACAGCUGGUACUACCGUGGGCAAAGGAGUUACCACAGUUACCCUUCCAAUGAUUUUCAAUUCCAGUUAUAUUCGACGAGGUGAAAGUCACUGGUGGAUGAAGGGCUCAACUCCUACCCAGAUCUCAGAGAUCAUCAUUAAACUUAUUAAGGACAUGGCAGCAGGUCAUCUGUCAGAAGCGUGGUCCCGAGUGACAAAAAAUGCCAUUGCGGAAACUAUCAUCGCCUUGACCAAGAUGGAGGAAGAAUUUCGAUCUCCAGUGAGAUGUAUUGCAACAACUAGGCUCUGGCUUGCUCUAGCAUCCCUGUGCGUUCUCGAUCAGGACCAUGUGGAUCGUCUUUCCUCAGGGAGAUGGAUGGGAAAGGAUGGCCAACAGAAACAAAUGCCCAUGUGUGAUAACCAUGAUGAUGGUGAAACUGCAGCAAUCAUUUUAUGCAAUGUAUGUGGAAAUUUAUGUACUGACUGUGACAGAUUCCUUCAUCUUCAUCGGCGAACCAAAACUCAUCAAAGACAGGUCUUCAAAGAAGAAGAAGAAGCUAUAAAGGUUGACCUUCAUGAAGGUUGUGGUCGAACCAAAUUGUUCUGGUUGAUGGCACUAGCAGAUUCUAAAACAAUGAAAGCAAUGGUGGAAUUCCGAGAACACACAGGCAAACCCACCACAAGUAGCUCAGAAGCGUGCCGCUUCUGUGGUUCUAGGAGUGGAACAGAGUUAUCUGCUGUUGGCAGUGUUUGUUCUGAUGCAGAUUGCCAGGAAUAUGCUAAGAUAGCCUGUAGUAAGACACAUCCUUGCGGCCAUCCAUGUGGAGGUGUUAAGAACGAAGAGCAUUGUCUGCCCUGUCUACAUGGCUGUGACAAAAAUGCCACAACACUGAAGCAAGAUGCUGAUGACAUGUGCAUGAUAUGUUUCACUGAAGCGCUCUCAGCAGCACCUGCCAUUCAGCUCGAUUGUAGUCACGUAUUCCACUUACAGUGCUGUCGACGAGUUUUGGAAAACAGAUGGCUUGGUCCAAGGAUAACAUUUGGAUUUAUAUCUUGUCCCAUCUGCAAGAACAAGAUAAAUCAUAUAGUGUUAAAAGACCUGCUGGAUCCAAUAAAAGAACUUUAUGAGGAUGUCAGAAGAAAAGCAUUAAUGAGAUUGGAGUAUGAAGGUCUACAUAAGAGUGAAGCUAUCACUACUCCUGGUGUGAGAUUUUAUAAUGACCCAGCUGGUUAUGCCAUGAACAGAUAUGCAUAUUAUGUUUGCUACAAAUGCAGAAAGGCGUAUUUUGGUGGUGAAGCUCGCUGUGAUGCUGAGGCUGGACAGGGAGAUGACUAUGAUCCCAGAGAGCUCAUUUGUGGUGCCUGUUCUGACGUGUCCAGGGCUCAGAUGUGUCCAAAACAUGGCACAGACUUCUUGGAAUAUAAAUGUCGCUACUGCUGUUCAGUGGCUGUCUUUUUCUGUUUCGGAACAACACAUUUUUGUAAUGCUUGUCAUGAUGAUUUUCAAAGAAUGACUAGCAUUCCUAAAGAAGAACUACCACACUGUCCUGCAGGUCCCAAAGGCAAACAGUUAGAAGGAACUGAAUGCCCACUCCAUGUUGCUCACCCACCCACUGGGGAGGAGUUUGCUCUGGGCUGUGGAGUGUGCAGAAAUGCUCACACUUUUUAAAACACUCAGAUUCCUUUGUCGAUAGAGAGAAAGUUGCCUUCAUCCCCAGCGGAUGUGGUGAAGUUUAAACUCUGCUCAGGAUAAGGACGGGACCAUUUUUACAUCCAUGAAAAUGAACCAUUCACAGUGCAAGAAGGAUGCCAAAUACCAUGUACAUAAUUCUUGCUAUGGAAAGUUUCCUCAUUAUUUCGGUUUAUUUUUUUUUUGAGCCAAGACAUCAAACUUGUGAGGUGUUUGCAUGUGGCCACUACCGUCAUUGGCCUGUGAAGCAUUGGACAUGUAUAGAUAAUUGAUAUAAAAGAAUCGCCAUGCCCAUGGACUAAGAAUGAUGCUGGCUUUCAAGCAAAAAAGAAAAAUAAUCAUUGUUUAUUGUAUACUGCCUUUUUGUAAUCCUGUACAAUUGCAUCACGGGUGGGGAUAAAAAGAGGAAUAUUCUGGUUUAUUUCCUAGACUGUUAUUUAAAAAAAAAAUUGUGUUAGGACAGCAUAUAAAUGUAAUAAGUAUCACACUGUAUAUAAAGAUAUCAAUGUUUGUCCUCUAUAAGAAUUACUAAAUUACAAAUGCAAUUUCAUUUAAACUUCUAGGUUAAGUUUGAGCCUGAAAUUUUAAUGAAGUGCAAUACUGAGUGUGCCUCAUUAUCUUGCAGCUGUAAACAUAUUGGAAUGUACAUGUCAAUAAACCACUGUACAUUUUUAUACAGUGAUAAAGUCUAA